GGAAAAAUAGAAAAAGGGGGGGAGAGAGCGAUGGAAAUGGUGAUGCGACGACGUUGGGCUUUGUUUAUAAGCACGACGAAGAAGGUGAGAGAUCAAAAGACAAGGUCUCAUUCACCAUCAUCUACAUUAUUAUUAUUCCCUGAAUGAUCGAUCGAUCGCCGAUUUUGGAUUUCGUUUCUAUUCCUUCCAUCCAUCACUGCGGGAGUGUAACAGUUAUCAACUCGAUAGUUACUAGAGUAUUUGGAUCGGAUAGGUACUUGGGCUCUUUACCUUUGUUAGAAACACUGUUACAAGGUAGAGAUCAAGAGAGAUAAGGUCCUGCUGCCUUUGAGCAUUGGUUGGUUAUGGGUCUUCCACAGACUGUUUCAGAUGAGGAAGCUCGCCAAGCUUUUUCCUCUGCUUCUUCAACUCGCAGCUUUUCUCAAAGCCUCCCUGUAAACGCCACUAUACAUGAUGAUUCAGACGCCGGAGCUAGUCAGGGAAGCCUCUGCUCCUCCGUGGAUAAGAUUCUUUGGAGUCCAAGUGAUGUUAGAAGGAUAGUUGGUUUCGUCGAGUCAAAUGGAACUAGCUCAUCUAGUAAUGAAGUUGAUAUUACUGGUGGGUCGUCGUUAGUCAGGAAACGAGUAAUAAGCUCUCCUCUCAACACUCUUUUCCCUGAGACAUUUAGAGGCGACCAGCUCGAUAUCAGCUGCAGCAACCAACAUGUGACUUCUCCUGGUGUUUCUGAUCACAAAAAGGCCAAUAUCUCCGGGAGAUCACAUCUCUCCUCCUCAUCACACAGGAGUAGUAAACUUUCUUCUAUUACUUUCACGGAUGGUCCUUUGCUCGACGACUCCAGUGUUCUUCAUCCCGCAAAGGGUGACGCUUGCUUGUAUGCACCAGUGAAUGAAACCUCUCAAAUACCCGCUAAGGCGUUACCAUGCCAUCAGAAUAUCUCUGUGUCUCCCACACUAUCUAUGUCACCUCUUGGUCCGAGAUUUUCUGAGAGAAUGAAAGCUUUACAAAAUGGGAAGAUUUUUGACGAUGGUGUCUGUUUAAGGAAUACUAGUGAAGAAGCUGAACUCUGGACUGGUCAUCGUAGUUUGUCUGAUGAUGCUAGAGAGUUUUCAAUGGAGAGAGGUAUUGAAUCAGUUGCCAAUGCAUCUCCAUGUAAAAGGUUUGGUAGAAGCUUGAGUGGACGUUCCAUUCAAAGAUCGUUGAUUGGUUCUUUUGAAGAGUCACUCUUGUCAGGAAGAUAUUCAUAUGGGCAAACUCAUCAGCAGAUCGAUGGGUUUCUUGCCAUCCUUAGUAUUGCUGGUGGAAACAUCUCUCCAAGAGCACAGAAGCUUCCAUUCUCAGUAACUAGUGUUGGUGAUGAUUGCUUCUUGUUAUACUAUGCCUCCAUAGAUCUCUCUGGUGCAUCUUCGUCGAAUAAAUUAUGGACACAGAAAUUGAAAAAGAACCAGAAUAACUCUGAUUCUCAGACCGCUAACAGCCGGUUGCGGAUCCCUAUGAAGGGUCGGAUUCAACUGGUUCUGAGUAACCCUGAAAAGACACCUCUUCACACUUUCCUCUGUAACUAUGACCUAACUGAUAUGCCACACGGUACAAAGACUUUCCUGCGGCAAAAGGUUACUCUGGCCUCUUCUGUUCCGACAAAAGUCAAAUCUGAUUCAGUUCAUGAAUUCCAUACGCUAAGUGAGUGUGAGAACACGAAAUGUCGUCAGACUUACAGAGAAACAGGACAAUACUGUUUAAAAUCUGGAGUCUUACGCUACGCUCUUCAUCUUAAAUUUGUUUGCCCUUCACGCAAGAAAUCUUCAAAAUUAGGUCGAAAGAAAAGCUUGGAUGAUGAAGAGAGGAGAUUCUAUUUAUACAAUGAUUUGAGAGUCGUGUUUCCUCAACGGCACACUGAUUCUGACGAAGGAAAGUUGAAUGUGGAGUAUCAUUACCCAGAGAAUCCAAGAUACUUUGACGUAACCAAUUGAAACUAGGAUUCAAAUUAAGGUUGCACUACAUAGUUUCCCCCUUUGUUAGAAGGAAACAAAUAAAAGAAUGUUGCAGAUAAAAUUAUCUCUGGUUUUUUUUUUGGUCAACAAAAGGUAAAUAAUCUAUUAUGAAUAAGUUAUAAAUUUCUUGCCAGCCACGGUACCAGCGUCUCCCUCCUCCUAAAGGUUGUGCUUCCAAAGUUCAGCAGAAGCGAGAGGCUGCUGGAUCCUACACAUAUAUAUUUUAUGAUCUAGUUUUAUGAAAGUAUUUCAUAUUCAAACAUGUUAAAAAAAUGCUACCAUCUUUUUAGGAAAACCGCUCAGCAUUUAUGAAAUGUUAUAAAAUUAAUGGGAAAAGUUACUACAUUA